AAAGCAGCAAGUUCCUAUAAUACAGAGAGAGCCUCUCACACCUGCUUGCACUCACUUGUUGAUCCAGCACCAUCGUAUAUAUAUUCAUACCCCUCGUUUUCUCUCCUUCGAAACAGUGUGUGCUAAAUUGUUCUAAAGCUAUAGAGAAGAUGGGUCCAAAAAGAUGCAACAGUAAAGAAGACCUGUUCAAAGAAUUUGAUCUUUCUAUGCAAAUGCAAAGGAAAAGGCAAAAGUCAUCUGGAUGUCACCAAGCUGAGCCCUUCAGUGAUGUCACUGCUAUUGCCGAAAUCAACUUAGAAGAUGAGAGAGAGCAGUUGUUUUCUAAGACAGCAGGAAAUAAGGUGUCAGCAACACCACAAGACCAUCGAUACUCUGUAGGCCAGGAAGAUGAGAUGUUUCUAUCAAAAACUUUUCUGCGGGCAAAAUUGGAGAAUAUCAUAUCUAAAUGUGGUAUUGAAACAGUAGGCAAAGAUGUGGAAGAUUGCCUCUUGAUGGGGCUUGGCGAAAUGAUGGACAGAUUGAUAAGAAAUAUGAUAAGGAUGUCAAAACAGAGAGUUGAUUAUGAGAAGAAAAGGCACCGCAUUCUUGUUACAUCAGAUAUUCAUCGUCAUUUUAUGAUAUCAAAUCAAAAAUGUCAGGACCAGAAGAAACCACAGGAUGAAAAGUCAAAUGAGAAGAGAAAAGGAGCAGAUUUAAGGCUAGAAAGAGCCGCAAGAACAAAUAAAGCUGUCAGGGAAUCUCUAGGUGGAGAUGACUUCGUAUCAAAAUGGACGCAGCUAAGCAGAAGUCGUCAACAUGAGGAAGAACCUGGAAUAGGUGAUUUGCCCAAUGAGAAGAUGAACAAGGGUUCAAAAGGAACCGGACAAAACUUUCAAGGAAAAGGUACUGGAAACAGGGCUCCAAAAAGGGUAGUUACCGUGAAGGAUGCUAUAAGAACGCUCGAAAGGGAGCCCCAGAUGUCAAAAUCAACUUUUAUGUACCGUUUAUAUGAAAGAUCUGCAGUUGCUGGUACUCAAGAGAAGAAGUGAAGGAGACAUCUGCCUAAAGUUUUUGGUUGUCACUCUUGUUCUAUAUAACUACCUUGUGCAGAUAGAAAAUCAUAGAGAAGUACCUAAAGCUCCUGUUUCGUGAUCUCCUGGGAUAAAGAGGAAUCAUGGUUUCCGUACAUACAGAUUAGAUCUCGGAGAUGUUUCUAUAUCCACUUGAUGGUGUUUUCUGAUGUUAAAAAUGAUGAGCACUCUCGCUAUGAUAGCAUGAGUCAAAUGACUGCGAUUUUUUACUCACAUUCAUAAUAGGCGGAUGUGAGUUGUAUGCUACACCAGCGGUUAAUGCUUGUGGUUGUAUGUUCUGUUUUUCAGAUGUGAUUUUUCAGUCUGCAGCUUCUUUCGUACAUCUCUGAGGCAAUUACUAAAGGGCUUUGUGGAUUAUAAACGGGAAUAGGGUUGAAAUGAGAAUGAAAUUGAGUUGGAAUUUCAAGCAUGGUUUAUCUGGUUAAUAGGAAUAGAAUGGCUAUGUAUGAAUAGAAUGGGAUGAGAAUAGAAUGCGUUUGGGACAAACUUUAUAU